UCCGUUAAUAUCUAAUUAGCUAUUUCAUCUGUGUCUUACAGCCAAAUCCCUUGUUAUCCUUUAUAUGUUGAUCUUAUUCUCAUCUUCACUUCAUCUUCAUAUUCUUAUUCUCAAAGAAAGAAUUCCGAAGUUAGUAACUCACCAAAAAACCAUCUUUUGUAGCUCAAACCGAAAAACCUUUCUUCACAAAAGUUUAUCCACAAAACGGCAGAGCGAAUGAUGAAGGAAGAGAACCCUAACCUUCCAUGGGAGAUGAUACGCGAGAUUUUUUCAUGGCUGCCAGUAAAAUCAUUAGGCCAAUUCAGGUGUGUAUCUAAGCCAUGUCGUUCUUUCAUCUCCGAUCCCAACUUUGCUAAAAUCCAGCUUAGCAGAACAAUUGACAAUAAGCACAUUUUGUUCCAAAGACGGAGACUUGUUUUUACUAAUGAAAAACGUCAUUCCAUGUACUUUUGUAACCUUGAUGAGCUUCUCAAUCAAGACAGUCGAUUUCUGGAUGAUGGAGAAAGUAUUAAUGAGAAUAUUGGUAAAAGUGUUGUGGUUAGUAAUCUGGAUUAUGUUCAUCCUGAACAGUCCAGUCCUGAUGGGUCGCCAUUGCCGAAUUUCUGGGUCUUGAUUUCUUACUGCAAUGGGUUAGUGUUGUUCAAGUUAAAUGGACAAGAGUUAUAUCUGGUCAACCCAGCAAUAAGGGAAUAUAAGAAACUGCCCAAGCCACCAUCUUUUAACGCACUAAGUCUUUCUGGGUUCGGUUUUGAUCAUGCCAGUGAUGAUUACAAAGUGGUAAAUGGGUGGUCCGUGAAAGAUGAGAUCGAGUUUGCUGUCUAUUCAUUGAAAACCGGUUUUUGGCGAGUGAUUGAAAGGCGGUUUCCCUACAAAGCUAUGUUCUGUUUUAUUGGCUUCAUGCUGAAUGGAGGCGUGCAUUGGUUGGUGAAGAUAGCCCAAGAUGACUCGUGGGUGAUUAUAUCUUUCCUUUUAGAAGAGGAGGAGGUUCGAGAAAUUCCAGUACCAUUUACUUCUUAUAAGCCACUACACUACAAACUGGGUGUCUUCGGGGAAUUUCUGUGCAUAGCAGAUUGGGUUUCUUCUCAUGUAGAUGAACAAUAUACUGACUUUUGGGUUAUGAAGGAAUAUGGAGUCAGGGAGUCUUGGACUGAAAAAAAGUUCUCCAGUUUCAUCCCAUUCUCGUUAGUACAUUCAGGUUGCUGGAAGAAAGAUUAUGUUCUCUUGAUUUGCCAGCACAAGAAGCUGCUGGUUAUGUACGACUUUAGUGAUGGAAGCUCGCAUUGCAUAAACAUUUAUGAUUUCCCUAAAGUAAGUGAUGCGGGUUUCUAUGUGGAGAGCCUUGUUUCGCUAAACUAACGUCGCAAUAUUGACUGAGAACUGGAGCAUGAGAGAGUGUAGAUAUGCGCCAGAGAGUUUAUUAAGGACUAUUGGAUGCUUGCCGUUGCUAUUGAGAUUCACCUUCAGCAAUUCAAGACCGUUAACGUGCUUUACAAUUGCUUUGUAUUGGGAUAAUGCGUAGCAAAAGUAUUAAUGUGGUUUGGAUCCAAAAAACACUAAAUGUCUUAUCGUAGUAAAAAAGAUAAAUGUGAAUUUGAGAAAUUAGUAUAUUAUGGAUUUUGUAUCUGCAUGUACGAACAUUUCACGCUUAAUGAAAUUUAUCUUUUUUUAUGCAGUCA